UAGCAUUUUUAUUUCCAAAAUAAGAACGUUGAUUCUGUGUUUGUUAUGGAAAUUUGAUUAUGCUGUGAGUUGAGUUUGGUGACCCAUAGUAAUAAGAUGAUUCGAAGGCCAAGGGUGAAGCCUCCGGUUAAUUUAAAAAGGAAAUUACCUAAUCCUAACACAAAAGAAACUAGCUCUAAAAAAGUUCUAUGCGUUGAUGCGCCUGUUGAUGUUAAAAAAUCCGUAGAUACUACGGUUCUUGAAGAAAAUGUAAAAAUUCUUGAAUGUAAGAAGUUAAUAAAAUUGCCUAUUGAAAAUGAAAUAAGUGUAAUUCAGAAUUCUAAUGAAGUUAAAAUAAGUAAUUAUCAAUCCUCAGCGCCAUUAUUACAAAGUUGUGAAAUACUGCAAAUAAAUAAGUCUCCACUAAAAGCAAAUAUACCAGAUAAUGAUUUUACUGAAACAGCAUUUCAGUCCAACAACGAUUCAACAGACGAUAAUGUUUCAAAAUCACCUAAAUCAACAACGGAAUUGACUGACAAUGUCGCAGAUCAGUGUUUUUUAAAACCAGAAACAAGAACUCAAUCUCUGGUUCACGUGGAAGAUUGUUUUAAAUUACCAAUACCAGAAAGUACAUUAAAGAAUCAUCCGUUUGCGGAAGAUUUUUUUAAGUCUCAAAAUGCAAGUAAUAACAUUUCGGAAUGUAUUGAAACUCAAAUAAAAGGUCAAAUAAACAAAAAUUAUGGUGCAAUGCAAGUUAAAACGGCUGCGCGGUCACGAGUAAAACCUGUACCAAGUUUAGGUCAUAGACGUAACAUGAUAGUACCACCUGUAAUCAAUUCUACAAGAUCUGAUGAAAGCACUUCUGGUACUGAUUACGCGUCCACUACAUUAAAUCGACGAGAACCAAGUUGUGCUGCAAAUAAAACUAUUAAUGCUUCCCAAAAUUUAAGUAGUGUUGCUAAAACCUAUGGGCGCAUUCGAACAGAUUCUAAUAGCUCGGCUUUUUCGGAUCCUCAUUCAUCGUUUCAUAAAUCACAAAAAAAUGAAGAAAACCGUUCUAAUGCACGCCGUGAUUUUGAAACUAGAUUUAGUAAAGGCGUUCCAGAAAAAUCAUUAAUUAAGAUGGCAGAUCUAAUAUUUUACAAUCCAACCACAAAUCCUAUGGAACAAAAUGUUCAUACAGCAAAUCCAGAUACAAAUAAGAUAGCCGACAUACAAAAUAUCGAAAAUCCAUUGAAAAAUGAAGAAUCAAACAAUAAUUCCACUGCUCCAGUGCCACAACUCAAACUAAAUGCACAAGGGGAAUUGGUGCUUGAUGACAAAUCCUUAGAAAUUGAAACUACUGCUGAGCAAGAAGCUCGAAAGAUACUAGCUAACUCUUCUCUUAUAUAUGUGGAUGAGAAUACCGGCACAAAUGGAUUUUAUAAAAAACAUAAGCGCACAAAAGACUGGACACCUGACGAAACUUUAAAAUUUUAUAGAUGCCUACAAACUAUUGGCACUGAUUUCUCUUUGAUUAGCCAAAUGUUUUCAGAUAGAUCACGUAGAGAUUUAAAACUCAAAUUCAAAAAAGAAGAAAAAUAUAAUCUUCCUUUGGUUAAUAAAGCCAUACUGCAUCCUAAAAUGUUUAACAUUGAAGAAUUAAGAAAACAACUUAAAGAAGAAGAAGAAGAAAAUAAUAAGGAAACUGAGAGUGAACAAAUAAUUGAAAAAAAGAAACAAAAAAAGAAGAGAUCAAACAAAACUCAUGCGGCCCGUAUUCUCGAAAUGGAAAAUGAUAUAUAUGACGAUGAAUUGGAGUUUUCACGUGCACGAUUUGCAGAAAAAUCAAAGUCAAAAAAAGUUUCUAAACAAAGACAAAGAAAAUCGCAAGAAAAUGAAUUAAAAAAAUGUAAUGAUGCAGAAAAGGUCAACGUAAAUAUAGAAGCUUCGAAAAGUCACCAAAACAAACAAAAAAAACAUAAUGAUGAUACAAUGAAAUUAUCGAGUGAUUUCAGUAAUUUACUACAGGAAAACAUAAUAAAGAAAACUGAUGCCAAAAAGGGAGUUGGUAUACAAAAGAUGAAUUUAGGAUUGGCAAAAUUAGAAACCUCAAAGAGUGACCAAAACGAAAUAAAAGAAAAUAAGAGUGACACAAUGAAUUCUGCUAGUCAAAUAUAUAAUUUACUCCAAAAAAUUAAUGCUCAAAAGGUAAUUGGUACACAAAAGAUGAAUUUAGGAUUGGCAAAAUUAGAAACCUCAAAGAGUGAUCAAAACGGAAUAAAAGAAAAUAAGAGUGACACAAUGAAUUCUGCUACUGAAAUAUAUGACUUACUCCAAAAAAUUAAUGCUCAAAAGGUAAUUGGUAUGCAAAAGAUGAAUUUAGGAUUGGCAAAAUUAGAAACCUCAAAGAGUGAUAAAAACGGAAUAAAAGAAAAUAAGAGUGACACAAUGAAUUCUGCUACUGAAAUAUAUGACUUACUCCAAAAAAUUAAUGCUCAAAAGGUAAUUGGUAUGCAAAAGAUGAAUUUAGGAUUGGCAAAAUUAGAAACCUCAAAGAGUGAUCAAAACGGAAUAAAAGAAAAUAAGAGUGACACAAUGAAUUCUGCUACUGAAAUAUAUGACUUACUACAGGAAAACAAACCAAAGAAAAUUAAUGCUCAAAAGAUGAGGGAAACAUUAAUUUCUAAAAUACAAAAUAAUGAAAAAAAAAUCUUGGAAUUAGAUAAAAGUUCAGUAGAAACACCAUUAACAAAUAAUUUGUUACAAAAGAAAGAAAGAAAGGUUCUUUGUGAAAUAAAAGUAGAAUCUAACUUAAAUGCUAUUACAAAUACAUCAAAUUUACGUGACAAGAAUUUUGAAAAUAUAUGUAACUUGUUUACAAAAAGUUCUCUAUCAGACAACGAUCUUGAAAUUAUUGUAACAGAACUGCUUAAUAAUUCUUCAGAAUUGCCUUCUACACAGCAUAUUGAUAAAAUGAAAAAAAUAGAUAAUAAAAAUAACUGUUUGACACCAAUUCAAACAAACAGUCUGAUUGCUUUCUAUAAUGAUCACUGUUACAUAUCGAAAAAACCUGAAUUUAUCACCUCUAAAUUAUCGAGUAAUGAUCUGGACCAGGAUAAAACCGAUAUAGAAACUUACAAAAAUUAUGAGAGCGUCAAUUUAUGUCCACAACCAACUGAUGUAAUUGAACAAAAUUUGCUUAACAAAACUAGUACAAAUUCCUUGGAAGAACAUGAUAUUCCCUUGUCUAAAUUAUUAAAAAAGAAUCCUUCACUGAACCAGCCGCUACAACAUAACGUGACGGAUGUGAACAUUGUAGAAGGAAGUCAAAUAGAGCCUGAUAAUAAUAACCAAUUAUUCUCUUCUGAGUGUAGUAUCAAUAAUACAGAUGAAAAAACAAAUAUUGAUCGAAUAGAACACGUUAAUUCAUCGCAAGCUGAAUCUGAAAAUCUUUAUAUGCAAAGGAUUUUAGAAAAAAAUAAUCUUGUGCUAGUAACUACUACAGAUAUCAAAAAUAAUAUAAUUGAACUACGAUUGCAUUUAUCUGACAAGGCUACCGGUGAGUUAUACGGUAAACUUGAUCUUCCUCGAUCAAUACUUUUAGAUAUAAUGAAUAGAACUGAUUAGCUUGGCUAAAUAAAAGCCAAAGUAAAAAUUUAUAUGUACCUGACAUGCAUUUUAAUUAAAUCAACUUGAAGUUCUAUGCAUAAAUAUUGUUUCUAAAUAUGUAUAACAUAUGCUGU